AUGUCGCCCGGCUCCCGAGGCAGCAGCGCCGUGUGUGACCGCGCCGGGCGCCUCUACCUCUAUCACUACAGCGAGGAGCAGCCCCACGUCCCGCUCACCGAGAUCCAGAGGAUCGACACGGCUGCCGUCCUGGACAUCAAGUGGUGCCACGUUCCUGUUGCAGAACAUCCCAUGGUUGGCAUUGCAAACUCGCUGGGUGCUGUGGAGUUUUGCCACCUGACUGGGAGCGAGAAGAAGAGCUGCAUGUUGGAGCCCUGCUUCAGGGUGGAUCUCGGAGCGCAGCGCCUGGCCUUGUCUCUGGACUGGUCCACAGGACGAGAGCAAUGUGGUUGUCCUUUGAGAGUGAUCAGCAGUGAUUCAGAGGGGAAGCUGAAUCUUUUCUCCAUAGAUGAAUCUGCUCCAUCUGUGCAUGUCCUGAACCAGUGGGAAGCUCACAAAUUUGAGGCCUGGAUUGCUGCUUUUAAUUACUGGGACACUAAUAUUGUGUAUUCAGGAGGAGAUGACAGCCUGCUGAAGGGCUGGGACACCAGGUGCAAUCCUGAGGCUCCUGUGUUCACCAGCAGGAGACACUCGAUGGGUGUGUGCAGCAUCCAGUGCAGUCCCCACCGGGAGAAUCUUCUGGCUACUGGCAGCUACGACGAGCACGUGCUGCUGUGGGACACCAGGAACAUGAGGCAGCCCCUGGCAGACACACCCGUGGAAGGAGGGGUCUGGAGGCUGAAGUGGCACCCGAGCUGCGAGUUCGUGCUGCUGGCAGCCUGCAUGCAGAGCGGCUUCAAAAUCCUCGACUGCAGCAGGGCGGAGAACACGGAGGAAUGUAUCAUCCUGUCCUCCUAUGUCCUGCACAAUUCCUUGGCCUACGGGGCUGACUGGUCAAGGCUGUGUCCAAGGGAUUCCUGGAGUGCAACCCAGGACUCUGCUGUUGCCUGCCAGUCUUCAGAGGAGCCUGUGGGGAGAUCAGAGGAAAGAGAUGAGAGCCUGAAUUUGCAGGUCCAAAACCUGAAGAUAAUCUACGAGUCUCCUACAGCCACUUUUGAUGUCAUCCUGGAUGAGGAGAGCGAAGGCCCUGCCCCGCCGCUGGGAGCAGAGCAGGGCCCUGAGCUGCCUGGGGAUCCUGCCCUGCUUAGGGGCUCGGGUCUCAAGGGGGGUUUAGCUUUGGCUGGGGGGUCUGCCCAGGGGGCACAUCCUGAGUCAGGCAGCAGUGCUGGCCUGGGAGCUAGGAGAGCCAGUGGAAGGGGCCUGGAUGGACGCAGCGAUUCAGCCAGGUCUCUAGAUGGCCCAAAGGAAGUGAGCAUUGUAGCCACUUGUUCUUUCUAUGACAAUAUCCUUCAUGUCUGGAAGUGGGAGAUGAGCCUGGUGACCCCUUUGGAGACGCCAGGUGCAACAUUUCCAGCUGAAAGGACAGCUGAAGGUUUGCAUUGA